ACUUUCUUCCAAGCCACAUACUACUUGUGCAACCCAGAUUAACACGGGGUCGCCCUGGGCGAUCCAAUGCAAAAGCCACACGCAUUACCAACGUUUGGUUGUCCUUACAUUCCGAAGCUUUUCUUCUUCCGCUCUAUAAAAGGCCGUUCUCGCCGCAGGACUGCCAAGGAACUACUGGAACCAGAGUGGAAGGGAAAGGAAGAGAGGCCGGCCGUGUUGACAUAAAGGAGGGAGAUGAGCGAGAGCUUGGAGCCGGCGGCGAGGAGGACGGUGACGGAGAUGAAUGGGCAUGGGCACAACGGGAGGAAGAAAGAGAGCCGCGGUGACGGGUGCUUUCAGAUGCCGCUGCACUACCCCAGCUACACCAAGGCCGACUACGAGGCGAUGCCGGAGUGGCAGCUCGACCGCCUGCUCUCCGAGUACGGGCUGCCCGUCGCGGGGGACGUCACGCAGAAGCGCAGAUACGCCAUGGGCGCGUUCCUGUGGUCGUCUCCUCGUUGAAUAGGCAUGGCUGUCAAACGAGUGUCGAGGCCACCAGGAAGAUCUAUAUGCAGUGGAUUAGUCUCUACUAACUAGUACUAUUGAGCAUUUUUGAGUUCCGGAUACGGGGAUGGUCAUGAGUUCUUCAUCUUGUUUCCCUCGAUUUGCAUGAUGUUUAUGUUAAUGUAAGAGACAUUAAACAUCUUCAAAAUAUUACGUGAGCUCAUCUUACAA